AUGACUCUCAUUAUACGUUGUGUGGAUGUUUCUACAAGUCCAACACAAAUUAAAGAGUUUUUUGUAGAAUUUUUGAAAGUCUAUGACACAACAAGUCAAAUAUUGUUUGAGGAAUUACAAAAUGUAUUGGAAACUCUUGGUCUAGAUAUUAAUAAUGUGAGAGGACAAGGAUAUGAUAAUGAAUCAAACAUAAAAGUGUUACAACGUAUUUACACUGUAUUUUCUCAUUUGACAAAAUUUUGGAAAGUUCUUAGAGAUAAUGUGAAAGAUGUAAGAGAAGCACUACUUCAACUAGCUGAACAAGAUAAUAAUUCCAAAAUUAAGAGUGAAGUUGAAUCUUUAGCAACUCAUGGAAUUUAUUUGAAAAAAUAUAGAGAAUCUGAAUUUAUAAAUGUUAAGGUUAGUACUGAAAAAAUUAAGAACGAAAUGGAGAUGGAAUGUGAGUUUAUUCAAAAACGUCAAAUUCGUAUAAAACAACACUAUGAUGAAAAUUCAUCUCAACCCACACAACUGAAUCUUGAGUCUGCUGAAGAGUCUUUUCGAAAUCACUAUUUUUGUGUUAGUAUUGAAAGGUUUGGAUCAUUAUCUGAUAGGGACUUGAAAGAAAAAAGUUCGGAUCAAGAAGAAGAAGAAAAAAAAGAAGAAGAAGAUGUCUCUUUAUAA